GUUUGAUAUUGUAUAACGGACAUUAGCCAUGUUUGUUAAACAGCGUGUAUAUAUAUAUAUAUAUUGGACUAUAUUGCAGAUUAUAAGAUGUGUACAUGGAGACACAUGUCAGUCUACCAACAACCUAGAUAUAGCGUUCGUGGUCGAUGGCUCCAGCGGCGUAACGGCGGACGGAUUUGAGGCAACCAUACAAUUCAUGUCCAGAUUUGUCGACCUCUUCGAGAUAGGACCAUUGAAGACGCAGAUUGGUAUCAUGGUGUUUUCAGAUCAGGUCGAUAUCCCGAUUGACUUGAACACAUUCUCGAGUGCGAAUAAUUUAAAAGACGCUAUAUUCAAGAUUACAAAUCCAUAUGGCUCGACGUCUACAACAGAGGCCCUCGCUGCAUUAGGCGAUGUUAUAUGCUAGCGUCAUCUCGCGGGAAACGGAGCAAUGCAAUUCCAAUUGCAAUCUUAAUAACAGACGGGGUAUCUAAUACUUCGCCAGUUAACGCUGCAACACGUUUAAAAGAAAACGGAGUGGUGAUAUACGUUGCCAUGGUGAACAUGCACGAUCCGACAGGCGAUAUGCAACAGGUGGUUUCCAAGCCGGAGUAUUUAAUGUAUGUGCAGAACUAUAACAGCCUGGAAAACUUGGUUGGACCUCUGUCAGUGUCAACGUGUGAUGUGGCCCAGGGAUGUCUACCGACAACGUGCCGGAAUGGGGGUACGUGUCACCAAGGCCAGACGACCUACAGAUGCGAGUGUCCUUCCAUUUUCACCGGCUGGUACUGUGACAUAUCAAUAUGCACCGGUAUUAAUAGUCCGUGUGGGAAUAGGGGCUCGUGCAGUAUCGAUGGUGACAGAUGGAAAUGCUCAUGCUAUCCCGGAUACACUGGGGAAACCUGUGCUACGAACGUCGACGAAUGUGCGAGUUCUCCGUGCAUAAAUGGCACGUGCUUUGACUGGUUGAACAGCUAUACGUGUCGCUGCCAACCCGGCUAUACUGGUAUUCAUUGUGAAACAGGUAAUCACAUUGAAUAUAUUGACGAGUGUAAUUCCAAUCCGUGCGUUUACGGCACGUGUCACGACCAUGUGAAUGCCUUCUCCUGCAAAUGCGAUGCAGGGUAUAUCGGUAUUCGGUGUGAAAUAGAGAUCAACGAGUGCGAGAGUUCUCCGUGCCAGAACGGCGGGACCUGCAUAGACAAAGUUAACAUGUUUGAAUGCGUGUGUUCCGAUGGAUACUAUAACACGCAGUGUGAAACAAAUAUCUGUCAGCCCAUCAUGACGGACGUGAUAUUCCUCCUUGACUCCUCUGUCAGCCAGUCACCUGACCAGUUUACCAGACAGCUGGAUUUCGUUAUCCAGUUCAUAGAUCACGUGGUAGUGGGAGCGGAGAACUUUCAGUUCGCAGUCGUCACGUUUUCCUUCGAGGCAAAAGUCGAGAUUGAAUUGGCUGAGUUUAAUGACAACGUCAGCUUCAAGGAGGCCGUGAGAAACAUUCCAUUCCGUCCCGGUGGAACAUUUACACACAAGGGUUUGCAGACGGUGUCGGAACUUGUCGCCAAAUCUCCCUCCGCAAGGCCAUUUUACAAUUCUGCCAAACGCUAUGUGGUUCUCCUAACGGACGGAAUGUCGGCAAACAGAGUAGAAACGAGAAAGGCUGCAGACAGCCUGAAACGACAGAUCCAUAAACUGAUAGCCAUUGGAGUUGGUCACGAGGUCUCCCAUCGCGAGCUGCUUGAUAUCGCGUCUCUAGGGGACGAGAGAACGCCCCAGUACGUGUUCGCCGUCAGUAACUUCAAUGCCCUCUUUACCAUCGUGGCGCAGCUCGUACUUCUCACUUGUCAAGAAUGCACCUGGAACACGACUGCAGAUGUUGUGUUUCUCAUGGACAUGUCGACGGAGAUGUCACAGGUGGAAGUGGACCUCGGAGUCGACUCGAUGACCUAUUUGCUGAACGGACUUCUGGACAAAAAACACAACACGACCGUACGGGCCGCUCUUGUUACAUACGGAAAUGAGUUCCGUGUUCACCACACGUUGAAAGAACCCAUGGAGUUGCUACGAGAUUACAUACAGAAGCUGACUGCGCCGAGAUAUUGUGAUGCUAGUAGUGACGACGAUUGUAGCGUUAUAAAAAGUUUUUCACAAGCUUUAGGUCAAUUGAAUAGAAGCAUGUUUAAAAACAAUGAAAAUAAUACCCGAGAGAUCAUAGUGAUUAUCACUAAUGGUAGGCACGACAUUGAUACUUCAGUCCGGGCACUGGCCAACGACUUAGUCAAGACAGGGAAGAUCUUACUCGCGAUUGGACUCGGGGGUAAUUGGAAGGUCGAUUCCUUCAAGGAGAUGGUGAGAGACCCAGCUCACAUUUACACUUUGGAAUCGAAGGAAUCCGUGAACGUGCUGGACUCUGUUAUGACGGAGAUUGUCUACAGCUCGUGUGCGCUUUCAAACGAUUUUAAUAAUAAACCAUAACAUUGUUACGUACGCUUGAAAUUCGAUGACAAUUGAGCAGUUAAAGUAACAAUGUGGAGUAAAAAUGUAUUUCAUAAAAAUUAAUGUUAUUACUUUCAAUAGAAUAUUGUUAUUGCUGGUUUACUAACGUAGAGGCUUAAAGUUUUGAUAUGUUACGUCACUAUUUAUAGAAAAACCCAAUAAUUUAAGGAAUCAUUCAUAUUCUC